CCUUCCUUGCACAAAAAGAACAGGCUGUAGAUUUCUCACUAUAUAGACUGAACAAAGUCAGAAUGGAUCCAAGACAACCCAAUCAUGCCUAUCAGAAUACAUAUAUGGAGGUCAUAGACCUUUCAUGUUCUAACAGGGAUCAGGAAGGCCCUUAUUGGAACAAUCAGCAAAUGAAGGAACUUCUCUCUCAAAAGGUUGCUGUCUCGCACAAUGCUACCCCCACCACAGAUUCCUCUCAGCAACGCUUGAACAACUGUUACCAGCCUCGUCAAAGAAGGCAUUCAUCUUUUGGGGUCAGAGUCAGGCAUGUAGAUGACACACCAGAGGAGGAAUGGAGACAGAGAGUGACUCCAGGAGAGGAAAUACCCAAUCGGCAUGUCAAGAAGUUCUCUUCAUUCAUUUCCUCAAUCGUUGGCAAAACCGCUGAGUCAGAUUUGAACAAAGGAAGAGCUGGCUUAGCCUCUUGUUUUAAUGGAGAACAAUAUAAACCACCUGGGACUGAGGCUACCCCUGUGGACCAACAGGCAAAGAGCAUACUUUCAUCAGGUUUCCAGAGUCUCAAAUCAAAGAUUAUCAAAGAAGAUCCCCCUGCUACAACAACUCCGGGUCAGAGUGCAGUUCAACAGACAGAGAGACCAGCCGCAUUCACCUCUUCUAGAAUUCUACCCACACCUCCCGCAUCUGGACAAUAUGGGCAACCUCCAGCACAACAACCAACUGUUACUCAGAAACCUAGACUUGCACGACAAGCCACCAUGUCUCAGCAAGCUGCUCCACCAACACAGCCCACAGUGCCAACCAGUUCCUUGGACCCACUCAAUAAAUCUGUCUCUCCACUACAACCACAAUCGCAGUACACCACAGAUAGAUCAUCUGUAAAACCAGUGGAAAAAUCAGCUGAACAACCACAGGGAGGAUUUAUGAGCUUUUUCAAGUCUGCCCUACUGAUCGAGGAGCCAACGCCAGAGCCCCCUAAACCCCUACAACCAUUGUCAAAACCACAAGAUAGAAAUGGUUCUACUGCUAGCUUACCUGGCAGCACAUCCCCAAAUAAACAGGAGGACACAGGAGCCUCUAAUCUUUUUGGGUCAAUAGGCAGCUUCUUUAGUGCAGAGUCUCCUCCAUCACAGCAACCAAAACCUGUUGUUAAAAAUGAGCCAAACAGAGUUGUUACACAAGGUUCUCAAUCAAGCCAAUCUCUACAGAAACAACAAACAAUGGAUGGAGUGCAACGUGGGGUACCACAUCCAGCUCCUGGUCAGCCACCAGGUAAAAGCAUGUCACAAGUAUUUCCUCCCAAUACAAGCACUGGCCCCACCCCAGGCCGAUCACAGACUAUGACACCAACCAGACAAACCAAACAGGAGCCACCCCCCAAACCAUCAGUUGGACUGUUCGGCUUUAUGGGAGAAAUUGGAGACAUGAUCUCUGGAACACCACCAACAACUACUACAACUACUACCAAAGAGGAAUCUCCUGGUAUGGGGUUAUUGUCCAUGUUUGGGGUGGCUAGUCCUCAGCAGGCACCAACCCAAACUGAGUCAUCUCAAGCACCUCCUCCAGAACCACAUGUUAAAAGUUUAUUCUCUAUGUUUGGGGGACCAUCGCAGGCGGCAACAUCACAGGCACCUCAAUCUGGGCCCAGUCCACCACAAGUUCAACCUCAAGCAGAGACUAGCUCUAUUCUUGGGGGGCUCUUUUCUGGUUCAUCUGCCAGUGAAAGCCCACCAAAAGGAUUAUUUUCUAUGUUUAGUGGCCCCAGUGCCCCACAACCUCCAGGACAAGCUGGGUCAUCUCCAGACUCCUCUGUCCCAGAAUCUACAGUGCCUAAAGAACCACCUACUAAAAAUGUGUUUUCCAUGUUCAGUGGCCCUCUGUCACCCCCACAAGCAAGCUCUGUUGACUCGGUAGCCACAGUACCUACUCCUGAGUGUGCCAAUGCCCAGAAGGAAUCCAUCUCAGGUAUUCCACCUCAGGAAGCUGCCCCACCUAAAGAGCCACCAGCUACAGCUGCCCCUCAAACUGCGGGUUCUGUGUUGGGAGGGUUGUUUGGAGGAUCUAGUCCGCAGCCAGCCACAACUGCCCCUCAAACUGCGGGUUCUAUGUUGGGAGGGUUGUUUGGAGGAUCUAGUCCGCAGCCAGCCACAACUGCCCCUCAAACUGCGGGUUCUAUGUUGGGAGGGUUGUUUGGAGGAUCUAGUCCGCAGCCAGCCACAACUGCCCCUCAAACUGCGGGUUCUAUGUUGGGAGGGUUGUUUGGAGGAUCUAGUCCGCAGCCAGCCACAACUGCCCCUCAAACUGCGGGUUCUAUGUUGGGAGGGUUGUUUGGAGGAUCUAGUCCGCAGCCAGCCACAACUGCCCCUCAAACUGCGGGUUCUAUGUUGGGAGGGUUGUUUGGAGGAUCUAGUCCGCAGCCAGCCACAACUGCCCCUCAAACUGCGGGUUCUAUGUUGGGAGGGUUGUUUGGAGGAUCUAGUCCGCAGCCAGCUACAACUGCUCCUCUGACUGUGGGUUCUAAGUUGGGAGGGUUGUUUGGAGGGCCUAGGCCCCAGCCAGCUACAACUGCCCCUCAAACUUCGGGUUCUGUGUUUGGGGGAUUGUUUGGAGGACCCAGUCCACCCCCAGCACCUAUUCAAACGGCAAAACCCCCUGAGAACAAAAUAUCAGCAGCUGCACCUCGCACAACUCAAGCAGAUGGCACUAUAAAAAUAAAAGAGCAGGGAAAUACACCUAAAGAUGGUACUGCAGUUGAGGCUGUUGAUUCUGCAAGCACAUUACCUACCCCUGAGUGUGCAGGUGCCCAAAAAGAAUCCAUCCCAGAUGGUGCACUUCAGGAAUCUGCUCCACCUAAAGAGCCAGAAACUCCUAAAGAGCCACCAGCUACAGACACUCCUCAAAAUGUAGGUUCAAUGUUUGGGGGAUCUAGUCCACAGCCAGCUGCCCCGCAAACUGCAGGUUCUAUGUUGGGAGGGUUGUUUGGAGGGUCUAGUCCCCAGCCAGCUACAACUGCCCCGCAAACUGCAGGUUCUAUGUUGGGAGGGUUGUUUGGAGGGUCUAGUCCCCAGCCAGCUACAACUGCCCCGCAAACUGCAGGUUCUAUGUUGGGAGGGUUGUUUGGAGGGUCUAGUCCCCAGCCAGCUACAACUGCCCCGCAAACUGCAGGUUCUAUGUUGGGAGGGUUGUUUGGAGGGUCUAGUCCCCAGCCAGCUACAACUGCCCCGCAAACUGCAGGUUCUAUGUUGGGAGGGUUGUUUGGAGGAUCUCAUCCCCAGCCAGCUACGGAUACUCCUCAAACAGAACCAACAAAACCCCCAGAGAACAAAAUAUCAACAGCUGUGUCUGAUACCACUCCAGAUACCAUUGCCAAAAUUAAAGAGCCGGGAGACACCCCUAAAGAUGGUACUGCAGUUGAGGCUAAAACCACAGCGCUUACCCCGGAGUGUGCCACUGCCCAAGAGGAAUCCAUCCCAAAGGGUGCACCUCAGGAACCUGCUCCACCUAAAGAGCCAGGAACCCCUAAAGAGCCAUCAGCUACAGGAUUUCUCUCCCUGUUUGGAGGGUCUAGUCCCCAGCCUUGCACAGCUACUCCUCAAACUGCUGGUUCUAUGUUGGGAGGGUUGUUUGGAGGGUCUAGUCCCCAGCCUGCUACAGCUGCCCCUCAAACUGCAAGUUCUAUGUUGGGAGGUCUGUUUGGAGGGUCCAGUCCCCAGCCAGCUACAGCUGCCCAUCAAACUGCGGGUUCUAUGUUGGGAGGUCUGUUUGGAGGGUCUAGUCCCCAACCAGCUACAGCUUCCCCGCAAACUGCAGGUUCUAUGUUCAGCGGUAUGUUAGGAGGGUUAAGUCCCCAGCCCGCAGCUACUUCUCAAACUGCAGCUUCUAUGUUUGGGGGGUUGUUCGGAGGGUCCACUCCCCAGCCAGCUAAAACUACUUCUCAAACAGCACCAGCAAGUCCCCCUGAGAAUAAAAUCUCAACAGCUGCCCCUGACACCACCACAGCAGAUAGCACUGACAAAAUGAAAGAGCCAGGAGACACUGGCACGGUUACUUUGCAUGAACACUCACAAUUAUCUGGGGCACCAAAACAACCUGACACCAAAACUCAGCCUCGGGAGUUGGUUGGCUUCAAACCUGAUGGUAAUGCUGUUGAAGUAGCACAGGGUCAAGGGUUUGAGAAACUUCCUGCUCCAGCUGUGGACUGUCAAUCAAAAGAAGCGGAAAUCCCUGCAUCAUCAGGGCAACCUGAUAAAACGGAACAGCCCUUAAAUUCAGAACCUCCAACGAAUGAUCAGUCCAGUUCUGGAAAAGAAAAGGCUGCAUUUGUGGAAGGAGAAGUAAUAGAUGAUAAGCCUAUUGUAAUUGUGGGAGAGCCUGAGAGUAAGGGAAUGGACAAAUCAGGCCCACCAGUGGAAAGUCCCCAGAAGAUUCCCCAAGCUGACCAGUUGACUAAGACUGAAGAGUCAGCCCCCAAAUCCCUGUUUGGGGGUUUUAUGACAGGAACCAGUGAUGCUGGAAAGUCUUUUGGAUCCAUGUUUUCAUCUCCCCCCACAAUUCCCAAAGCCCUUCCCACAAUGCCUCAAGCAGAAGCAGGUGGUGGUCUGUUCUCAGGAUUCAAAACUAUGUCUGCAGGCCUGUUUCAGGAGGAGAAGCCAGGCGCAGCAAAGCAAGAGCCAUCCACAGCCUCUCUAUUUGGGACAAAAUUAGGUUUCUGGGGGGCCGCUGCCGAACCUCCCAAGCCACCAGCUCCUCCGGUUAUUACCACUCAGCCCAAAGCUAAUGAUAAGCCAACCAAGGAGACAAGUGAUCAAAGUUCGUCCGGUGGAAAGUAGUCGCUUUGGGUCCUCUGGAAACCUGAGCCAGACCAGCUCCCAGCUUAGUGAGACAGGCCAGGAGAGUGCUCCAGGCUCGGGGCUGGAAGAGUCCUUCCACUCUUACCACAGUACCACCUUCUGCCCCUCUACCGCUGGCCAGCAACCCACCAACGAACACCUCCCCAGCAAUGGACACUCUGUUUUGGGGCAGGAGGAAUUGCGCAGACACUCCCUGGAUGUGGGGAAGAGCUUAAAUGGCUCUAUGAAGAGAUUGGACCACUCAGUUGAGAAAAUAUCCAAUAAAAUGCUGCAAAGUUUCCACGACAAUGGGCCUCCUUUGCCCUUCUCUCCAUCCAGAAUUCGCUGGUUGAAGGCCAUCAACAAAGUGAGGGUACAACUGCAGGAGGGACGAGAUGAUGGACCCAACUCCAGACAAGCUUGGAUCAAACCAGGCGGUGGAAGUGGUUUGUUUGGGAUUGACAGCAUGCCAGACCUUCGUAAGAGGAAGCCUAUACCUCUGGUCAGCGAUGUGUCACUGGUCCAGGCUAGAAAGGCUGGAAUCACCUCUUCCAUGGCCGCGCGCUCCUCCGUCAAAGACGAGGAGCUGAAGAACCACGUUUAUAAGAAGACUCUUCAGGCUCUGAUCUACCCCAUCUCCUGCACCACGCCCCAUAACUUUGAGGUGUGGACGGCCACCACGCCCACCUACUGCUAUGAGUGUGAGGGGCUGCUGUGGGGCAUUGCCCGCCAGGGCAUGAGGUGCUCCGAGUGUGGGGUUAAGUGUCACGAGAAGUGCCAGGAACUGCUGAAUGCUGACUGCCUGCAGCGUGCUGCGGAGAAGAGCUCCAAGCAUGGGGCUGAGGAUCGUACCCAGAACAUCAUCAUGGCCAUGAAGGACCGCAUGAAGAUCAGGGAGAGGAACAAGCCGGAGAUCUUUGACGUGAUCCGGGAUGUCUUUGUUGUCAGCAAGGCGAUCCACGCUCAGCAGAUGAAGACCAUCAAACAGAGUGUACUGGACGGAACCUCCAAGUGGUCGGCCAAGAUCACCAUCACAGUGCUGUGUGCCCAGGGACUGCAGGCCAAAGACAAGACGGGUUCCAGCGACCCCUACGUCACAGUCCAGGUGGGCAAGACCAAGAAGAGGACCAAAACCAUCUACGGCAACCUCAACCCUGUCUGGGAGGAGAAGUUCCACUUCGAGUGUCAUAACUCGUCGGACCGCAUCAAGGUGCGUGUGUGGGACGAGGACGAUGACAUCAAGUCCCGGGUGAAGCAGCGUCUGAAGAGAGAGUCCGACGACUUCCUGGGUCAGAGCAUCAUCGAGGUCCGCACGCUCAGCGGAGAGAUGGACGUCUGGUAUAACCUGGAGAAGAGGACCGACAAGUCGGCCGUGUCCGGCGCUAUUCGUCUCCACAUAAGUGUGGAGAUCAAGGGAGAGGAGAAAGUGGCUCCCUAUCACGUCCAGUACACCUGUCUACACGAGAACCUCUUCCACCACUCAACGGACGUUCUGGGCCAGGGGGUGGUGAGGAUCCCAGAUGCCAAAGGAGACGAUGCCUGGAAGGUGUACUUUGACGAGGUGGCCCAGGAGAUAGUGGAUGAGUUUGCCAUGCGAUACGGGAUCGAGUCAAUCUACCAGGCAAUGACGCACUUCGCCUGCCUGUCCUCUAAGUACAUGUGUCCUGGCGUUCCGGCAGUGAUGAGCACCCUGCUGGCCAACAUCAAUGCCUUCUACGCCCACACCACCGCCUCCACCAACGUCUCCGCCUCUGACCGCUUCGCCGCCUCCAACUUCGGGAAAGAGCGCUUUGUCAAGCUAUUGGAUCAACUCCACAACUCCUUGCGCAUUGACCUCUCCACAUAUAGGAACAACUUUCCUGCCAGCAGUAAGGAUCGUCUCCAGGACCUGAAGUCCACUGUGGACCUACUGACCAGCAUCACCUUCUUCAGGAUGAAGGUCCAGGAACUGCAGAGUCCCCCUAGAGCCAGUCAGGUGGUGAGGGACUGUGUUAAGGCCUGCCUCAACUCCACCUACGACUACAUCUUCAACAACUGCCAGGAGCUGUACAGCCGCCAGUACCAGCUGCUGGACACACACAAAGAGGAUCUUCCCCUGGAGGAGCAAGGCCCCAGCAUCAAGAACCUGGACUUCUGGCCCAAACUGAUCACCCUUAUAGUCUCCAUCAUAGAGGAGGACAGGAACUCCUACACACCUGUGCUCAACCAGUUCCCUCAGGAGCUGAAUGUGGGGAAGGUGUGUGCUGAAGUCAUGUGGGCGCUGUUCUCCCAGGACAUGAAGUAUGCCAUGGAGGAGCAUGAAAAGCACCGGCUGUGUAAGAGUGCCGACUACAUGAACCUGCACUUCAAGGUCAAGUGGCUGUACAAUGAGUAUGUGAAGGACCUGCCAAACUUCAAAGGGGUUGUACCCGACUACCCAUCGUGGUUCUUACAGUUUGUGCUGCAGUGGCUGGAUGAGAAUGAAAGCGUUUCCAUGGAGUUCAUGCAUGGAGCUCUGGAGAGAGACAAGAAAGAUGGAUUCCAGCAGACAUCUGAGCAUGCUCUCUUCUCUUGCUCGGUGGUGGACGUCUUCACCCAGCUCAACCAGAGCUUUGAGAUCAUCAAGAAACUGGACUGUCCUGACCCAAAGGUCAUGGCCCACUACAGCCGACGAUUCGCCAAGACUAUUGCCAAAGUUCUUCUGCAGUACAGUGCCAUUCUGACCAAGAGCUUCCCCUCCUACUCUGACAAAGAGAAGAUUCCCUGUGUACUGAUGAACAAUGUGCAGCAGUUGCGUAUCCAGCUGGAGAAGAUGUUUGAGUCCAUGGGUGCCAAACAGCUGGACACAGAAGCCAGUGACCUCCUGAAUGAGCUUCAGGUCAAGCUGAACAAUGUGCUGGAUGAGCUGAGUACCACGUUCGGAAACAGUUUCCAGGUUUGUAUUGAUGACUGUAUGAGACAGAUGGCCUCUCUGCUGUACCAGAUCAAGGGCCCAGUCAACGCCAACAGCCGCAACAUGGUGGAGGCCGACUCGGACAACGUGCUACGGCCACUUAUGGACUUCCUGGAUUCAAAGUUAACGCUGUUUGCCACAGCGUGUGAGAAGACUGUUCUAAAGCGGGUUCUGAAAGAGCUGUGGAGGAUUGUGAUGAGCAGCCUGGAGAAGACCAUCGUCCUGCCCCAAGGAAAUGACACCUUCGGCGCUCAGAUCCUGUCUGCAGCCAAGGAACUGGGGCAGCUCUCGAAGCUUAAAGAUCACAUGGCAGGAGAGGCCAAAAGCCUGACACCUAAACAGUGUGCUGUCAUGGAUAUAGCACUGGACACAAUCAAACAAUACUUCCAUGCAGGAGGGAACGGUCUGAAGAAGGCGUUCCUGGAGAAGAGUCCUGAGUUGACCUCACUACGCCACGCUCUGUCCCUUUACACACAGACCACAGACACGCUCAUCAAGACCUUCGUCACAACACAACAUACACAAGUGCACAAUGGGAAGGGUAUUAGGUUAACUCCCAACGAAAAAAUACAACCCUCCAGGGGGUCAGGAGUGGACAAGCCGGUGGGAGAGAUAUCCAUUCAGAUCGACCUAUUCACCCACCCUGGUACUGGGGAGCACAAAGUCACUGUCAAAGUGGUGGGAGCCAAUGAUCUGAAGUGGCAGACGUCUGGGAUGUUCCGGCCCUUUGUGGAGAUCACCAUGAUUGGACCCCACCUCAGUGACAAGAAGCGCAAGUUCCAAUCCAAGUCCAAGAACAACAGCUGGGCGCCCAAGUUCAACGAGACCUUCCACUUUAUCCUAGGUAAUGAGGAUGGCUUUGAGUGCUACGAGCUGCAGAUGUGUGUGAAGGACUACUGUUUUGGCCGUGCCGAUCGGGUGGUGGGCAUGGCUGUGAUGCAGCUGCGGGAUGUGGCAGAGAAGGGCAGUGUGGCGUGCUGGUGCCCCCUGGGUCAGCGGGUCACCAUGGACGAGACCGGCCUCACCGCCAUGCGCAUCCUCUCCCAGCGCUCCAACGACGAGGUGGCCAAGGAGUUCGUCAAGCUCAAGUCUGAGUUACGCUCUGAGGAGGAGGGCAGAUGAGGUCUUCCUGAAGGAGGGGUGUGAAGGGCCUCUAGUAAAGUGGGAAGUAAUAGGAGCGCAUUGACUACUACUACGUUGGACUAAUAAUGUCCCCUGGCUGCUACUGGCUGUUUGAUGGACACUGGUUCACCAUCACACUGUCACUCACUGUGUUUUUCUCAGACUCCACCUUUUGUGUCCCUCACUCACCAUCUCCUACACAUACGUAGUUAGUUUCUCUCUCACUCAAUGGUUAUUAGGCACAAUCUCACACGAUAUUGUACUUAUGUUGGUUCGCCAGUCUGGCACUAUGGACAUGACAUGGGCGCUAUAUGCCAAUCAAUUCCUGCCAGCCUGUAUGUACUUAAGUACAGGGUCUCCCCCUCACCCCACAAUCCCCCUCAGUGUUCAUGUGCAAUACCCCCCAACUGUGGCCAUAUGUUUGAUGCCUUACACUUUAGAAGCUGUGAAUGUGUGAAGUUCAGACACAAAACUGUAACUGUAGUAGAAAGCUGUUUAUCUUCCUCAAUCUCUCUUUAGUGUUCUUCAGGAUCCAUGUUCAUCUCAUUGAUGCCACUAUUAGGGUCAAAAUGCAGGAUGUCGUUGUUGGUGUUUUGUUCGAAGUAGAUUCACCUGGUUUCUAUCGUUUGGACUUCUACUGCAUGUCAAGUACCCUACUCCUAAAUAUAGUGUACAAAUCCACUGUUUUUCCCUGUAGAAAAGUGAAGUGUGUUUUUUUUUCUUGUAUUGAAAUUAGUGCCGUGUGGUGGUUCUGAAGUGAGUUUUGUCUCCCCUCUAUUUUUUGACAUGAGGUACUGUAACGGCAACAGCACUCGAGUAAAGGGUUUGUAAGUUGUGUGCCUUGUCAAGUAUUGGGCUCCUAUUCAUAACCCAUUAGUCCCAUACAGUGUUAACAAUGCACUUUGAAUAAGAUUUACUGUAACACUUUUUAGUCUAAAUUGUCAAAUGUUCUUAACACAAGGGCUGCCUUCUAUCCAGAGAAACUUCCUUUUAAGGAUAAGAGUGGUGAGCACUUUUUAAUAUGGACUAUUGCUUCUUACAUCAAAAACGGCAAUGAUGUAUGUAGGGCCCCUGUCUUGAACUUAGUAAUCACUGCUAAAUAACCCUGUUGAAUACAACAUUUUACAAACAUUUGGCUAAUGUUGCCAACCCUCAAUGACAGCCAUUUUGUUUAUAGUUUUUAUGUAUUUAUUCCAUAUGUAUACUCUGGUCUACUUUGCAAACAGAGGGCUGCUAGAUGGAGUUUGAGUAUAGUUUUCAAAGUGGUUUUGAAUUGCUUUUUACUGCAGUUUUCUAGCAGGACCCUACAGAUACUAACUGGACCUAGAGGGUCUUUUGGGACCAGAGGAGUUAAAAUGAUUUUAAUCUCAGAUGAGGGAAAGGCUAGCCUCGUAUGGUUCGUAACGAGGCUAGGAAAAGGCAGUCCAAACUCUCGGCUUGCAAAUAUUUUUCAGCUAUGUUUCCUUGUAUCUCUGAGUGGCCUUACAUUGGUGAUAAUAGAAGAUUUAUAUAUACAUGUUUUUACCCCCCAUUUUCUGUGUAUUUCUUUUGUCUCACAACGAUACAGAGGGUUGGUCAAUUUGACCUAAAUCAACCGUAUCAGACUGAUAUUGUCUGUGAUUUUCCUUAUUGUUGUUACUUUAUUUUUGUUUUUAAUUUUAUUGGAGGAUUUAUAUUUGUUUAGAUGUAUUCAUUUUCUGAGAUACAGUAUUUAUAUUUUCGUUAUUUUCUAUUUUGAUCUUAAAAAAUGUUUGAGUGAUGUUCAGUACGGUAUCAUGAGUUUAUUGGAUCUACAGUAUACAGGAAGGGGUAAUGCAUGCCUGUCAUAUCCCUGAUAGAAACGAGGAGAAUGUUUUGCUAUUUGUCAAGUAACACUGCCGUUGUCCAUACAAUAAUAGUCAGUUUGAUGUUCACACAAAGAAGAAAACUGCAACAUCACUGUUAAAGCUAUAUCUGGGCUUUAUAUGCAGAAUCUACAGUACCAAUGUGAAUACAUCUUUUGGGCUGUUGAUUUAGGAGAAAAUGUCUACUUCUAAGGAGGGCAUUGCCACUCAAAUACAUGUUCCUUGUGCCAAGCUGUGCAAGAGUUCACUUUUUGUUUCAUUUACAUUUUUUAAACCUUGUGAAGAAUUGCACUAUAAUUAAAUCACUACAAUAGUUAGCACGUGUUGUAUGUCCGAGUAACUGGACUUUUGUGAAGUUUUAUUUGUAUUUUGCAACUGGAAAAAUCAUGGUAUUGAUCAUUAAAAUGUGUACAUUACAAUUUAUUAAUUUUGUAUAAAGUAUUUAAGAAAUAGCUA